CACCAGGAACCCGUCAGGGAGCAGAGAGCACCGAUCAUCUCACAAAACCACCAAACAACUCACACUAAUAAAGAUGCAGUUUGUUUCCUGGCUGGUGGCCGUGAUCGUCCUGUGUGUCUGUGGGUCAGCAGUACAUGGGCAGUGCCAGGAUCUCUCGGACUGUACCAGCCUCAGCUCUCAGGAGGAAACAAUAGAUUGCUACUGGCAGUGCAGACUGAAGCAGUUAGUGACCAGCGCUGGAAGUGAGCAACCAGACAAGGAUGAAGACGAGGAAGACAGCUUCAGCCUGCUGCUCUCGGCUCUGGUUUCCUCGCGCUCCUCCAGUGUCCAGGGUCCCGGCGUGAGACCUCAGCGCAGUGAAGACCGGCCCUCCUACUCCAUGGAGCACUUCCGCUGGGGCAAACCCACGGGCCGCAAACGCCGACCGGUCAAAGUGCACGCGUCCAGCUCUCCGGACGACGAAGGUCAGGAGGAGCCCAAUCUGGAGACCCCCUUCCUUCCACCCAGCAGGCGCCAGCUGGACAGCGGCGAGGGGCACGCAGAGGAGCAGAAGAAGAACACGAAGGGCGCCGAGAGGUACCGGAUGACCCAUUUCCGCUGGAGCGCUCCUCCCGCCGCCAAGCGCUACGGCGGCUUCAUGAAGCCCUGGCCGGAGGAGUCCCACAAGUCCCUGCUCACGCUGCUCCGCAAUAUCAUCGUCAAGGACGGACAAUAGGUCAAAGAGAGAGGCGGGAAGGGACAGAGCGAGUUUCCUGAACGUCCUAGCCUACUGUAGCUCCUCCAUAAUCUUAGACUCACCAGGAGUCCAUCAAAUAUUAAAGUUUUAUUUAUAAAAGAUAAUAAAAGCUCUACAUGUGGUCACCGUACCGCAGGAGAGGUAUCAAUCUGCUUCCACCUUAGACAACAACCUAUAAAGUUCACACGAGACCAGUGUAACGGGAUCCUUGGAUCAUUUUGUGCCAUAAUUACCAGUAAGUGCAUAAAAAUAGGAACACUCCAGUGUUUAAUGCUUAAAUAAUGUAAAAAAAUGGCCGAGAACCACUUUACUCAAUAUACACCCUGGGUUUAGUUGAUUUUUCAGAUGUAAAUAUGCCAACAUGCUGUAAAUGGAUCAGAAUUACGGCACAUAUUAUAAUAGUUUGUGUGGUAAAAAUACCAUAUUUGAGUUCAGAUGUUUCCCUGUAACCUGACCAGUGAAGUUUGACCGGUGGUUUCCAUCAUUUUGCCUGAAAUUGCACACACUGGAGUGUUGCUACGUUUUGCAUUAGUGUUUAUCCGCUCUACUAUACUAACUCUGUUAUUUAUUUCAUUUUUAAAUGAUUAGAAAUCCUGUAAAGACGUUUUAAAGCUAUUUAAAUAAAUUUACAGUGAUACAA